AACGAUUCGGCUGAAUACUUUAACUUCUCUUUUCAUGGGGCACGAUUUAAGCACCGAUGUACAAAAACCUCGUUUAUUAACGAUUGCGGCUAUAGAAAGCCGCCUAACUCAACUCUAUUAUACGCAUAAUUGUAUACACAGUUUAUUCUUUUCAUAGAUUUUCGUGCAUCGAUGGAAGGCAGGGUUCAAAAUGCAGUUGAACAAACAGGUGAUAAUUCACAAUUAUUGUUAUUGUCGAUGGUGUCGUUAUAAUUAUUGCCUUACAAACAGAUGACGUAUCGUUUCUAUUUCACUGUGAGAUCAUUUAAAGAAAAUUCAACUUCAACAGGUUACGGAAAGUUUCACUAUAAACUCUUCAUCGUUUGUUAUCUGAUAUUCAUGAACACUGGAUUCGGCACUUGUAGUACGGGACUCAUCGUUCCUGUGGCUAGUUGCGACUUUGCAAUGAGCACGAUGGACAUUGGUCGUCUGACCGCGGCGCCAAUGUUGGGCAUGGCGUUCGGAUCUUAUUUCUGGGCCUGUUUGGCAGACAUAAGAGGACGUAAGGUGGCCUUGUUAUCGGCUCUCUUCCUCGAUGCUACUGCUGGAAUUUUGUCAUCCAUUGCACCAAAUUUUUGGCUCUUCGUUGUGCUGAGAUUUUUCAACGGAUUCGCGAUCAUAGGACAAAGUGCAAUGGUAUUUCCUUAUCUUGGGGAAUUUCAACCCUCGAAAAUCAGAGAAAAAAUCCUGGCCUGGAUGGAAAUGGCCUGGACAACUGGAAUCACUAUCCUACCGCUAUUGGGGUGGCUGAUUAUUCCGAUGACGUUUAAUUUCCAAUUCUACAAAUUCAGCUUCGCAUCCCGGAAUCUUUUUGUUCUAAUAUGCGGAAUGGUACCUCUUUUGAUCGGGAUAUCACUUUGUUUUUUUCCCGAAACUCCAAAAUAUCUUAUAGAAGAUGGUCAAGAGAUGAGAGCGAUAAAAGUCCUACAGUUGAUGUACGCGGAAAAUACCAGAAAUCCUAGAGAAAAUUAUCCCGUGGAAUCAAUAACUAACAACGAGGAACAUUUGAGUGAGAAAAGUCCUCUCCUGUUAAAUGGGAACGCCGGUAGAUUCGUCGUCGCCCGUAGAACUGGAACAGCAAGAAUGAAAAAAGACAAAGAACUGAAAAAAAUGUUGAUCGAAAUGAUUAGGCACAUGGUGACGAUUUUCAAACCACCUUACCUAUUGAAAACCUUUUUAUGCGCUUCUAUUCAGUUCACAAUGACCUCGUCCUACUAUACUCUGAUGGCCUGGUUCCCUGAACUUUUCCGAAGGUUCGCAGAAUUUGAAGAAAAAUAUCCUGGAGAAUCUGCUAGUAUUUGUACAGUUUCAGAAUCGGAUUCUUCGAACAAUACGAUUUCAGACAUCCCAUGCGACAUGGAAAUUCGUAACUCCGUUUACUAUUUCACCUUUUUCUUGGGUCUGGCUUGUGUCCCGACCAGCAUCUGGCUACCCCUCUGCAUCGGAAAAUUGGGUUACCGGUUUUUUCUUGUGUUCAGCACAGUGGUGUCGGCAUGCGUGGCUUUGGCAAUGUUUUUCAUCGCAUCAUCCACACAGAAUAUUAUUCUCUCCUGCAUUUUCGAGGCUUUGACCUCCAUGGGCGUCAGUGUCGUGUAUUGCAUUCUGGUAGAUUUUUAUCCCACGCAUUUGAGGUGGGAAUUUUCGUAA